AUGACGCGGAUAUUGCUCUUAUUUGCGGCUAUUUUGAGCCUAGGUAUUUCAAAAGUUAUCGAGUCCUCCGGUGAGCCCGACCCUUGCGAAUGCUUCAAAUCCAAGCUAAACUUUACCGACAUCACGGAUGAAUACACUUUUCGAGUCCCGGCCGGAAGUUGUGAACUUUACUGUCAGCUUACGGUAGAUACGGCGUUGAAGCCAAACGCAACGCAUAAGCCCGGCUUCAAACUGUUCUACAAGCUUGACGGGAUGAGGAGAGCUGUUGUGCCAUGUACUAUGCUAAAAGUUCGACCUGUCGGAGGGCCAAUGUCCAAACUGAUCGUUAUUGAUCCGCGUCUAUUUUUCGACAUCCCGUAUCGAGCCUUCUCGCUGACGCACCGCUGGCAAGAUGAGGGUGGCUUUGAAUGGGAAAAGAAUGAGUACGACACGGACGACUACAAAAUGUGGAUCACCGUCCGCCCCUACUACUUCUUGAAGACU